CACUUUUUGCCAAGCGUCGAUUGUCAAAGUUCAAAAGUUAUAACUAAUGGGAAAAUUUGAAGACCUGCUUGCCUGAUAUGUUUUGGGGGGAAAUAGUGUUUCAGCUGGCGAAGAUUCCAACUCAUCAAAAUCCGGUCACUGAAAAGCCAAAGGAAACGAUUUCGAGCGGAUUUUUGCAGUGACGUUGCUUGUUUACCUUCGGUAGAGUUACCUCAGGUCGGAACGGAUUCGUCCGAGCUUUCAACUGGGGAAUGGAUAAUUGCCAUAACUAUGCCACAACCUCGAAAAAACGGAGAAUGCCUAUCUCAGACGAUAUUCAUAUCAUUAUUAAAAAGUUUCGCGACAAGGAUAAGCACGAUGAAAAACCUUCGACUUCCGGUGACCAUGAUUAUGACGACGAGCACAGCAUGGAUUCAGAGGAGCUCAAACGGAUUCGACAGCAGGAACCUUCAUCCUCUUGUGUAGUAGCAAGUACUUCAUCCUGUAACAGCAGCGGUGUUUUGGGUUCAAGUGCUACCGUGAUGGGUGGCACAGGAAUCGCCGUAGGAACUAGCGGAUUAACAGUUCACCAACCGGUUUCCUCUCAGUCGGAUGACAUCAAGCUGAUCCUGAAGAAACUAACUAACAUUGAAGACCUGCUAAAAGUUGUGGCCGAACAAAGCUUCAACCGGUUGGCUGCUCUGAAGCAAGAAGCGACAGGAGCUAGCUCAACGGCAACCGCGGCUAAUCUUGGUUUGAUUCCAGCGGAAUCAAGUUGCAUCAACGUAGAGUCAAUGUUCAGGUUUCCUUUUCGGACGCUCAAAGACCUGAUCGAGCUGAACAAGGGCAUCUGCAGUGAUGAAAGUUUGUACAACAAACUGUUUGAGUAUCUGACCAAAAUCAAGCUUGAGUGUGAUGAAAACAUCGUGAUGAAUGGCCUUUCCUCGAUAGUCAGCGAUGAAGUACUCGACGCCGUAAGCUGGGACGGUGGGAAGAAAUUUAAACUUUCUUCAUUGGUGAUUUUCAGUGAUUCUCUGUACGUGGCCUGGUUCAAGGAUCGGCUCAAGUAUGAUGAGUAUGUGGCAGAAAUGAAGGAUGCCAUUGAAAAGUCCCACAAACGGUACGCCAAGACAAAAGCGAAAAAAGCAUCCCAACAGCAGCAGCAGCAACACCAAACGCUCACCUUGACAACAGCCAGCGGUACCACAACGGCCACGGUUGUUAGCGAUGGUGGCCAGUUGUUCCUGUCGUAGUUCAUUCCUAUCGCGUACUUGCCGCUGACGGCAGGCCGAGGUAGGUCACCUUUUCUGCGAUUUGUUCCGAUGGUCUAUUGUUUUACGCGUAAGCUGACAGAAUACAAGGCACCGCUGUCCUUUGUACUCGUUCAUCUCAUAUUGUUUUGUUGGUGAAGUUUGAAUCGAAAUGAGAUUUUUACUGACGCUGGAAAUUUACUUUUGAACAACAGACAGAUAGAUUAAGUUGCUGACACUAAACAUUAUAGCCGAGUGUGAUCGAUUACAUAAUAAAUGCGAAGUACUAAUGGUUUUGAAAACAAGCAUACAAAAAAAUA